AUGAAGAAGUUCUUUAAAGGAUUCAGAUACGACCUUGCAUCUGAUGACUAUAAAGUGGUAGUCAAGGGUGGAGAUAUUUUCGGUGAGGUUUCUAAAAUAUGUCAGGUGGAGAUAUUUGCGCUCAACUCCGGUUCUUGGAGAAGGAUACAAGUCCAACAAGAAAGCCGCCUCCUUGCCUAUGAUCGAGAAGGAGUUUAUUGGAAGGGGGCCCUAAACUGGUGCAGGGUUGACGAGGGGAGAAACAAUAGAGUGAUUGUGUCAUUUGACUUGUCAGAAGAGAUAUUCCACCAGGUGCGUCUGGUCCCUGAAUGGAGUGGGCAAAUACUUUUCCAAGGACUCAAGAUUCAUGCAGCCAAUUUGUUAAUGUACACCUCAAAUGAUCACUGGUUCAUGGCAUGGAUAACAAAUGAGCAUGGGAUAGGAGUAUCAUGGACAAAAUUGUUCAGCUUUUCGAGUGAAGACAUACCUGAGGAUAAUACUUACAUGGAUUCUCUCGUAGAGAGAGCCGAACUUGCUAUCUAUGUGGAAACUCUUGUUUCACCCUAUCUCGGCUGUGAGCCAUCAAGAAUCUAGAGGUUUUAGGAGUUGUUUGUUGGACUUUCCUUUUUUUGGGGAGAUCUGGCUAUCUUGAGAUGUUGAAUGAUUGUGUUGAAUUUGAAGAAGAAGAAAAAUGGAAUUGUUUGAGACUAUUAUGAGAUCUGGUCUUUCAUUAGUAGCUUCACCAUUGUGCUUUCAAUACUCUGUUCUCUCCAGAUGUUUGGUUAGAACUCUGCUCGAUGAAUGACCAUGACCAUUCAAUCGUCUCUGUUUUGCUAGAAUAAUCACUUCACUAGCCAAUAUUUAUUGUAAUUUCACAAACCAUUUAGCGGGGUCUUGUUAUGUAGUUGACAUUCAACUGUAAUCAUGUGAAUGUUAAAGCUUAUG